AGUGCUGCACUUGUAUUUUUUGCAGCUACCGGCGGGCUAUAAUGCAUGCAGUGCGUGCGAUGCGGCAGUCGUUACUCGCGAACAGACUGUCUGUGGACAUCAAAAGAAUCUAGAAACAAUCCACACGUAAACACAAAGUUCUCAGCUCCUGGUCGGUAAACAACAUUCAUUCAGUGCUAGCUCGGAAACAAGCCGAUCGCGAUGGCUCCCAGCGACACACCGGCCUGGCCGAACCCCUUGGAACCGGGCACGGACGUUGACAAGCCGGCCAGCCAGGCAGCCAAGGCCGCUGGCAGAUCCCGGGGCGGCGAUUUGCUGAGCCUGCUCCGUAAACACGGAGUGUCGUUCGCCAUGCUGCUGUCUGUCUGGGGAUUGGGCUAUUUCCGAUUCAGCUGGAGCUGGUUGCUGCUGGCGACAGUGCUGAUGGUAUGGCGGGAACGCAACAGUCAGCAGAAGCACUUGACCAUGGAACUUGCCCGCCGUGCCACGCAAAAUGAGAAAGAGACGAUACUUAGCGCCGUCAACAACUUGCCAUCUUGGGUGUACUUUCCUGAUACAGAGCGGGCUGAAUGGCUAAAUAAGAUGGUCAAGCAGAUGUGGCCGUUCAUUGAGGGCUACGUGGUGACCAUGCUGCGAGACACGGUGGAGCCAGCGGUACUGAAAGCUCUACCGUCGUACCUCAAGUCCUUCAAAUUCGAAACCAUCAAACUUGGCACAUACCCGCCACGUAUCGGAGGUGUCAAGGUGUACACAGACCAGGUUGGACGAGAUGAAAUUAUUCUGGAUUUGGAACUCUUCUAUGCUGGUAACUGUGAUAUCGAGAUUAGUGUCAAAGCCCUCAAGAGAAUCAAGGCUGGCAUUGAGAGCCUCCAGCUUCAUGGCACUCUGCGGGUCGAGAUGAAACCAUUGGUUGACAAGGUCCCGCUGGUUGGAGGAAUGUCCAUCUAUUUCCUCAACAAACCGGCUAUUGACUUCAAUCUGACCAAUUUGGCAGAUGUCCUUGACAUCCCAGGAUUGAGCGGUAUCUUGAGGACUAUCUUGGAGGACCAGCUGGCCAACUUCCUUGUCUUGCCCAACAGAUUGCCCAUUAAGCUCAUCGAUGAUGUGGACAUCAGCAGUCUCAAGUACCCGAUGCCCCAGGGAGUGCUGCGCAUCCACGUAAUUGAGGCGAAGAAUCUUGUGGCCAAAGAUUUCGCAGUGCUGUCCAAGGGCAAAUCAGACCCAUACUGCAUUGUCAGAGUUGGAUCCAAGACUUUCAAGACCAAGGCCAUGAAAAGGACAUUGACGCCAGUCUGGGAUAAAUACUUUGAGGCCAUUGUGUACCAAAGCCAUGGCCAGACGCUGGACAUUGACGUCUGGGACAAAGACGAAGGACCAGGAAAAGAUGACGCCCUUGGAACAUUGAGCCUGAAUGUGCGACAUGUGGCUGAUACGGGACAUCUGGACGCUUGGCUUCCCUUGCAAGAAAUCAAGCAGGGGGAUCUUCACCUGGAACUGACCUGGUUGACACUGACGGAUUCCACCAAGGCCAUCUAUGAGCUUGAGGAGGAACUCCAAGAGGAACAUGAUGAGGAAAUGGAGGAGCGCAUGGACAUGAAUGCGAGGAACAAGGAGGAGGAUGAUGAUGAGGACAGUGAUGAAGAUGACACGUCCAUGUCUGCAGCCAUCUUGAUCGUCAAGCUGGACUCGGCUAAGGACCUUCCGAUCUCCAGUCGUUCCUCAUCUUUGCCGCAUCCUUACGUCACGAUGACCGUUGGACGAGACAGUAAAACCAGCCAAGUUCAGAGUGAGACAGUUUCUCCUGUGUGGGAGGAGGUCUUUAAUUUCCUGGUCCAGAGCCCGAGUCUGCAGAACCUGAAAGUAGAGGUGAUGGACAGCAGGAAGGAUCGCUGCAUUGGCCUCCUGAUGCUACCCAUUAAGAAUCUGCUCCUGGCUCCCAAUCUGGCCUUGGAGCAGCCGUUUAAGCUGGAUGGCUCGGGGCCUCAUAGCUUGGUCACUCUCAAGAUGUGUCUCAGGGGAUUGGAGCGUAAAAAGACCCUCAAGGUAACCAAUCCAAGAGCUGUUUUGAUGUCUGAAUCGAGUGUGGACGUUGAUGAUGCAAACACUGACAGCCCAGAGCUGAAACCCACACGAGAGACCGCUGCCGUCUUCAGGGAGAGCUCGGUGGACCAACCCAUCCCAGCAGGACCCCAGGGUGACUCGCUGACCAAACCCAGUCAGCCGGACACCAUGUCGGUGUCGUCCAACCCUGAACAGGCGCAGCCGGUCAGCGAUACGGAGCUGAGGAAAAGACUGGUGCAGCACUCAAAGGAUACAGAAGAUGCCCCACUAGGCAAGCUGCAGAUGACUCUUAGGUACAGCACACCCAGAAAUCGACUGAUAAUAGUUGUACACAAAGGAGUAGACAUCAAGCGUCGUGGUUCUGAUGAUCCGCCCGACACGUACGUCAGAACAUACCUGCUUCCUGAUAAGUCGAAAGCCAGCAAACGUAAGACCAAGGAGGUGAAGGACACACAUGAGCCAGUCUAUGACGAAACACUGGAGUAUAUGAUGAGAGCAGAAGAGGUCAGUACUCGGGCGCUGCAAGUCACGGUAAAAGAUAGCUCCCGGUUCAUCUCUCUGUCGGACCCUGUGAUUGGUCAGAUUGAGAUUCAGCUUGGGGAGUUGGACCUGAGCAAAGCGACAACAGAAUGGUACAUUUUGAAGCCUGUUGAUUCAGAUUAGAUCUUCCCAGUAUUGUCCUCGCCUAGUGUCUUCAAUAACUUCAAGAUUAGCAAGGAUGCUCCUCUUGCUUCGGAAGAUAAGUAACCAAUACAUCACAGGUCAAAGGUCAAUGACCUUAAUGACGUUUUACUUGGUAACGGGAGAUCUUCCCUUUUCUAAUAGACAGGGAUGCAUGGUGCAUUGUCUUCCCAAAAGAGGUAGAAAGGUUUAUGGAGAAUUAACAAAUUAAUGUUUUUAACGAAGUAAAAUUUAUUGAGGCUGGUUAGUAUUUAUUGGGAGAACAGUGUAGUUCAUGUAAAUGUAAUUUCAUGCACAUCUUGGACAUUUUGUAACAGUAUUCAUAUUUUCUUAAACAGGGUUGGACUUUUCUGUGUUUUAACAAGUCAGCUAGCACUUUUUCUCACAGAUUAUUUGUGAUCUUGUGAAAUUUAAAAUAUGGAACCAAAAUACUUUACUUCUAAAUUCAUUGGAAUGGCUAAAUCUUAGACCACACAGCUUGCCUGCCAACACUGUGCCUUGAAGAUCGUUAAAAAUAUCAUUUGGUGUGGACUUGAUGCAGAGCCCCCUCAACCACACAAAUGACAAAGAACGCCUAAUGGCGUACUAAUUAGUGAGCACACAUACACAAUUAAUCCUUAACUGACUAUCAUGAGAAGGCGACACAGUGCAAUCUGGUGUUUUUGAACAGUCUGUUCUGUGGACUCCAUGCAUGCAUGUUACUUGGCUCUCAGCAGAAAUUCAUGGGCUCGGUGCUCAAGUACCCCCUCAACGGUAAGAAAGAGAGAGUUGGGGGAGACCACUGGGAGAGACAUUGGAACGCAUUGCCGACGACGCCUGACGUUCACGCGAAGACACCAUGGCUUUGUGCACAUUCAGAAUAAAAUACGGUUUGCAUGCUUCUUGGUAUACGCACAUGGAAAUAAGUACGCGCAAGCAGGUUGCCCCGUUUAUGGAGCUCUCAAAAGUAGUGAAAAAGCUUGUAUAAGAUUUGGAGGUUUGCGUAAUGAAGAGAGCAAUAAGAGUAUCUGACAACGGGCUGAGUAUACUGUCAGAAACGUUGAGUUUCCCCAUUUCUUUCAGGGAGAAAAAUGUUGCAACCUGACGCCACUUUUUUCUUCAUUUAUCAUCUCAAUGAAGGUCAUUCAUUGCAAAACUGUUGAAAAGACAUGUAUCUGGGACUGAGAAACAUUUCCAAUUUUGUCAGGAAAUACUAGAACAUUUUCUUGACUCUCCAUCGACUUUGCGCACAUUCUUUCCCUUUUCAGAACUUCACAAACUCACAAAAGAGGUUUGUUUCACGGUAGCCAAUAUACACACUCUUCUGUAUCCAAAUGUAUAAUUGGCUGACAAGUUGCAUACAGUAUUAAGUGGCUCUUUUGCACAGCUCAAAAGUAUUUUAAAGUUUUUUCAAAGUGGGGAUUCCUCACUGGAAAGUUAUGCACAUUUGGACAACACAAGAAGAGGCUAGCUGUCUCUUGUUGGACUCGAUUUACUGUAUUAUAUGGACUUGAAUUAUAUUUUUACGCCAGAUUUUAGUCACAGUAUUCUGGUAUUUAUAUUGAGGUUAUUUUAAGAGGAGAUUAAAAGCUCACAACAGGAGUACAUAUGCAUUGUCGACCAUGAAGACAGCUGUAAAAGGCGUAUGACACGUCUUCUUUAAAAGUAUAACUAAAGUGUGUUGUUUUAAAAUAUUGAUAUAUCACGUUUUGUAGAUUGAGUGGGUGUUUGGUGUAUAAGAAGUUAGUGGGUUUUAAAUUUUAAAGCAUAUUUAAGAGUAUUGUCGUUUUGUGGUUUUUAUAUCAUGGUAAGAGGUUUUCAUUAUUUUAACUACAGCAAAGAGUGGAGUCGUGGCAUAUCAGGUGUUGGAGAGGGAGAUAUAUUGACACCUCACUUUCAAAAAGAAAACAAAAACAUAAAAAUAAUUAAUAUUAAACACCAAGAUUUUUAAAUACCAUUAACAAAUAAAAUUCCAUAAAAACGGGGAAAAGUGUUAAAAGAUUCAAAAUUUUGAGUUUUCGUUAUAAAACGAUCGUCUUGCCCGAAUCCCCCUCCCCACUAAUGUACCACUAAAAUGGAAUUUAUGCUUGCUAUAUUAGAUAUUCGUUGGAUUUAUGUGAAGGUGAAUUGGCGUAUAUUAAACCAUUUGAUUAUAUUUGUUAUUGCAUAAUGAUCACAGAGAUAUACUACAGCUAUACACACUAGAUCUUACUAACUGAAAUAAUAAGUGGAUGGUAAAGUAAAAAAAUGCUUUUGCUUAUAAAAUCCCCACAACAGUUUUCAGAUCAAAAAGCGUUUUAAUAGGUUAUAAACCAAAGGUAAUUUGUUUUGAUCUUCCAAAUGUUUCGAGUUGUUUCGGAACAAUUUGUUUUGCACUUAAUUUUCAUUUUGAUGUUGAGAUUAGACAUUUUACCUGUCAAUGCAGUUUGCUUUUAUUUAGAUGUGGAUAUUUUGUUGGGGGAUGUGUUUGUCAAAUGGGUUUAUCUAACAGGCUGUUGUGGUAUAAGGGUUUUUAUUUUUGUUAAUGCCAUUUACAAUUUACGGUAGAGGUAUUUUAAGGUACUUUGAUGGUAAAAUAGGAGUGGAAAGUUUGUUUUGGGUGGGUAGAGUUCGUUAGAUAUUUUUGUAACUUUCCGUUUUUUAUUAUUACUCUUCAGUCAAUAUCUGGUGCUGCAUUUUAUAUUCAUAUCAAGUAUUUUUGAACAAGGACAGAUUAUCGUAUUGUUCAUAAAGUGACACAUAUCAGACUGACACAUAUUUCUCUUCCAAUGCAAAAGCUGAACAAAUGUAGAGUAUAUGUCAGACUUGUGUCUGCUAGGCUGCUAUGGUGCUUAUUUAAGCCUCUCCAAUGUAGGCCUCAAGUCUUGGUGCAACGUGUGGGUUGGGAUGUCAGGACUUGAUCGUGUGCAUGGGGGGUUUUCAUCAAGUCAGACAGACAGUUUAUUCGUUUUUUAUCUCAAAGGAUCCUCGGCUACAUUGUGGUCAUUAAUUAUACAUUCAAAAAGCCAUUUGUGAUAAAGUGUGAAGUUUAUGGCUAGGGAUGAAUUUCGGUCCUUCACUGUGCAACUUGAUGGAGGUGACGUUUAUUUACAAUAUUUUCUCGUACUAAUAAUACUGAAAUGAUGGUGUAGGUGGGUAUUCAUCAGCAAGGAAAUAAUUGGUUAAUUUAAUUGUUCUUUUGCGUUUAAGUUUUUCAAUAGUCUAAUUUAAUGAUGUAAACAUUUUGUUCAAACUAAGUGACUAUUUUACAUAGACUAGCAGGGUCGGAAACGGGACUUGUAACAUUACCUGUUUCAAUUACAGCGAAAAUAGUACUUUUGGAUUAAACAUUUCACUUGGAAUGGUAAAGUAAUUUAAAUUUCUCACAUGAGAUUUAUCAAGUUUAAUUAAAUUAUUUUUAUGGCAUUCCUUUGAUUUUGAAACAAAAAUAUCGGACUUUCCCGCGAAAAUUAGACGGUAGUUACUGUGCUCAUUCGUUUUUGUUAUUUUUGCUUUCAGAUCUGAAAUUAGUUAAAAUGGACGUCUCCCUUGCAAUCAGCGGCAUUCUUUUCGGUUUUGUAAAUUCACUCUCUAAAUGUAUAAGAGUGAAAAGGUCACUCUCCAAAAGAGUGAAUUCCUUAUAACACCACUCCAAUGAAGCGAAUCUCGUAUAAAAACCACUCCAAAGAAGUUAAAACCACUCCAAAAAAGUGAAAUUUCCACUCUUUCGAGGAGCCACAUAAGGGAAGAGUUGUCCCUUAUGUGGCUCCUCGAAAGAGUGGAAAUUUUACUCUUCUGGAGUGGUUUUCACUCUUUUUGGAGUGGUUUUCACUCUUUUGGAGUGGUUUUUAUUAGAGAUUCAAUCUUUUGGAGUGGUUUUAUAUAGAGAUUCACUCUUUUGGAGAGUGACUUUUUCACUCUUUUACAUUAAGAGAGCAGUGAUUAUGAAUGCACAAGAUGUCAACUCAAGCGUAAAGUUACGUACGCGUUCUUGUCACGAAGUGCACUGAGUUAUUCACUUGAAGGUAUUAAAACCCGAAGAGACGAUUGCCGACGUUUGGACAGUUUCAAGAAGAAAAAAAUGCAAAAUUCUCUGAAAAAGUUGUAACAAUAAUUAUAUGGAUUUAAUUAGCCUGAUUGAGUUACGUUUACGUUUUGAUUAUUUUCAAAAAGGACUGCUUUACGAUGUGUGGUUUGCAGAGGCUGAACAGAGCGAUGCAGUGUAAUGUCUAACAAAUACAGUUUACAAACUCAUUGUAAAAAUAUCAGUGGUGUCAUGAUUGAUUGGUUGAUUAAUUGUUGGUUCACUAUCAACAACUUGUACAGUGCAAAUUAAAACCAGUAUUUACCACAU